CCCACCUUUUCCCGCCUCAGCAAUAACUCUGUCGCUAAAAGCCUUCCAGUUGAUAACAACUCAGUUGAAGAAGAAGAUCUCCAAUAGCUUGAACCAUGACCGACAACUACCACCCAAUGAACUCCGUCGAGACGAACAUAGGUUCGCAAGGCGGCAGUGGCCUAGGGCGUGGUCCAAGGCCCCGGGUUGAUCGCACAAGAAGAAGUUGGACAGCUCGCGAAGAGGAAAUACUUGUGUCUAUUCUGAAGGAUCUUGUCACACAUGGCUGGAAAAGUGACAAUGGGUUUCGCGGGGGAUAUCUGCAGCGGAUUGAAGAGGCUCUGAAUCGGGAGUUCCCAGGAUGCGGCUUGAGGGUUGCUCCUCAUAUCAAUUCGAAGAUUAGCCAGUGGAAGAAGAGCUACUCGUCUCUGAGUGCGAUACUUGCACGAAGUGGUGUGGGUUUCAACAUGAACAGAGAUUUCAAAAUUGAUUGUGACGAUGACCAAUGGGAGCAGAUUGUUAAGUGUGAUGCCAACGCACGCGGUAUGCGACACAGGUCAUGGCCUCUAUGGGAUGAUUGGAAGGUGCUGUUUGGAAAAGAUCGUGCUGUUGGGACCGUUGCAAAAGACACGUUCGAUGCACAUGCCAAUUAUGCAGGGCGAACACCAUCCUCUCAACAAGAUGUCCGGCUGGGAUCCCCUGUUGAAUCGGGUGAAUAUUCAGCAGCCAACCCGAGCCCUCAACAGAGGCCCAUGGCCAACCCGGAUGAAAGCACCGGCCAGAGCAUAGAUCAUUCACUACAAACUAAAAAAUCUGGAUCAAAAAGGAAGGCCUCUAGCCCUCCUGUGGGUUUGAUUGAGAUGCUUGGACGGAUGCAAGAUGAUACCAAUGACCGGCUUGACAAACUGACCAAUCGGAUUGGGUUUGAGUUCGAUCUUAGCGAAGCACGUAAGGAAGUUAUCGACAUACUGAGUGGUGUACCGGAUCUUACGCUUGUGCAGCAAAUUGAUGCCUCCGAGAUCAUCAUCGAUAAGGUGGAGCGUGUUGAGUUGUUCAUGCGUCUUCCGGAGACAUCGUGUCUUACAUACGUGAUGCGUGUGCUGGAGAAGCACGGCCACUAUUGAAUGCAACACAUCUGUGUUUUGCGCACCGUGUAGACGGGCUCUACAUCUGUCUUUGGUGCUUUUAUAUAUUAAUGUCGCCAAACUCUAUUACGCAGACGAUUAGUUUUGAUGCACUAUUGUGGUUGUAUAUUUUGGGGCAAACUCUCGGUCUUAGUAGGUAA